UGGGGCCAAUUAAUGACACCUGGUUUACAACAAACCACUUCACUGCAUUCAUGCAUUGCCACAAUGACAAAUGUAGUGCUUAUCCCCUGAGUAAAGGGCAAAAUAGGACACCGAUGGCUUUACUAGCUGUAAUUGUGCUUUUUGUUGUAAGAUGCUGUAGCACAUUGUCAGCUGAAGAGCCUUUGUCCUCUAAUGAAGCCAGUAGUACAGACACCACUUAUGGCUUUGUGGCCUGUGUGAUUGCAGUGCUGUUUUAUGGAAGUUAUUUCGUUCCUGUUAAAACAGUUGAUACCGGUGAUGGAAUGUUUUUUCAGUGGAUUUGCUGUUCAGCUAUAUGGUUUGUUGGACUGGUUACGGACACAUUGUUUCGCCCCUCCAGAGCCCAUCCUGCUGCUAUGCUUGGAGGAGCACUUUGGGCCACUGGAAAUAUAACAGCAGUCCCAGUUGUGAAGUUUAUUGGCCUUGGACUUGGAAUUUUGCUUUGGGGAUCCAGUGGAUUGCUAAUUGGAUGGGCAAGCUCAAGGUUUGGCUGGUUUGGUCUGAAUCCAGAGGAAGUAUCCAAACCAAUACACAAUUAUUGUGGAGCUGGCCUUUGUCUGCUAAGUGCCAUCAUAUUCUUUUUUGUGAAAAGUGAUGUUCAGAAACGCACAUCUGCCGAAUCCAUGCCUUUGUUGAUUGAUGAUAGGAGGUUGAAUCCAGACAGCACAAGCCCCAGUGAUUCAUGGGUGGACACAAUUUCACCAAAGAGCAAGAGAGUGUUUGGCUGCAUCUUGGCCGUAUUUUCAGGUGUCCUUUAUGGUUCUUCUUUUGUGCCUGUUUUCUAUAUUAAAGUCCAUGCCACAACCAAUUCAAGUAUGUUCACUGGAUCCAGUCAGAAUGAAAUUGACUACUGCUUUGCCCAUUACAGUGGAAUUUUCCUCACGAGCACAGUGUAUUUUCUUGCUUAUUGUGCAGUCAUGAAGAACAGGCCUCGGAUUUAUCCCAGAGCCAUCUUACCUGGUUUUUUGAGUGGCCUGAUGUGGGGAUUAGCCACAUAUGCCUGGCUUAUGGCAAAUUACUACCUUAGUGCAGUGAUCACAUUCCCUAUAAUUAAUGCAGGUUAUGGCUUAGUAGCUGCUCUGUGGGGAAGUGUGGUAUUUAAAGAGGUCAAAGUAGGGACUUGGGAACUUGCUGCUGUUUGCUUUGGCUUCUUGUGUUGUUCUGGCUGGCUCCCUGUUAACUGCCUAUUCAAAGAUUUGAGUCUGUACGUUAUGUUACCACAAGGUGGCAACGGUGGAUCAAGUUUUAAGCCAAACUUGCAUAAGGCCUCUGCAGUUGCUUAGUAGCCCUUGAUGUGAUUUGCACUUUCUUGCUCUAGCAUUUUAAUUGCUAUCAAAAUUAAUUCAAGGUUUUGUGUAAGUUCGCACAUAUUUGAAUUAAACGGUUUCCCCUUUCUGGCUAUAGGCUAUGUAUAUAGCUUUGUGUUUAUAUUUGUUGUAUUUUCUCAACUGAGUCUGAAGCUUUUCAUCAGGGUCCAAGAAUUUUUUUUUUGACCACUUAAUUUUCAUGACAUUUUAUCUCUCCAAUAAGACUCUCUGAAGACAGACUGACAAAGGUUGGACAAGCGCUUAUGAAGAUAUGUGUAUAUAAUCUAGAGUACAGUCUAAAGUGCUACAGUUUAAAACAAUGCAUUCCUGAUGUACAUAAAUUACAUAGUCUGCACUGUUGUUCCUGUAUCCUGUUCUCUUUACUGGAGCCCAUCAUUAUUACAUGUUAUUGCUUCACUGAUUGACACCAGUAAAUUCAAGUACAGAACAUGUCAAAACAACAUUGUUUACAAGCAGGUGUGCACAAGCAACUUCUUCCUGGCGGAAUAUGCUAUUGUAAUUCAUUUUUAAGGUCUUCCUGACAGACCUGGUUAAUGAGCUUUCCUGUUUUGUAUUUUAGUAUUGUUGUUGUAAAAAUAGAGAAUAAAAUAAAUCAGCCCAAGAUGGUUUGCUGAAUUAAGAGGGUCUCCCAGCUGGACCAAGCUAGUGGUCAGAAGGUUUUGUUGGUCAGAAGUGCCUUAAACCCUUCUGAAACUUGUGUUUUCCAGCAAGAGUGGAUAAGCGCUCCCUCACUAAGAAAAUAAAAAUACAUAACAUAAACCAGCCUUAUUUGGUUUGCUGGUCCCCCAAACCACACUAAAACCAGCAAACACACCAGCUUGUACUGUUUUAGAUGG